AUGUAGCUUAUUGAGAGAGGGUAAGAUUUACUAAAUAUUAUUGAAUAUAAAUUGGCUGUUUGGGCAUUAGCAAAUUUUUUUGAAGUAUAUGAUAGAAUGACUAAUUCUUAAGUAAAAGUAAUUUAUACAAUAGUUUAGGUAGCAAAUAAAAAAUAUAAUUCUAAUUUAUUGUUAUCAGAAUUAAAAAAAACUUUUGUUUAAAGAGACUAAGAUAUUAAGAAAAUUAGACCAUGAAAAUAAUGUCAAAUUUCUUGGGACUUGUAAGAAUACAAUAAUUUUAGAAUUUAUUGAUGGGAAUACUUUAACUAAUUAAUACAAAAGUUUGUUUAUAAAUUAUUAUUUAGAUUAAUUUAAUAGAAAAUUAUAAAAAAAGACGCUAAAUAAAUUUAUAAUCAAAUUGUAGAAGCAAUCAAAUACUUAACUCAAAAAAUAUAUAUAUCAUAGAGAUUUAAAAGCAUAUAAUAUUAUGAUUAUUGAUUAAUAAGUUAAACUUAUUGAUUUUGGACUCACUUCAGAAAUUAACUUUGUUCUAUUAUUGUGGGACUCCAGUUUAUAUCGCACCAGAGAUAUUUCAUAAAAAUCUUAUAAUGAAAAAAAAGCUAAUAUUUGGGCUUUAGGAGAGUCUUAAUAUAUUAAAUUAUUUUUGGGAAAGUUCCAUUUUCAGGCAAAAAUGAUAAAGAGAUUAUGUUAGCUUAAAUUCCUAAAUUCAUUCUACCCAAAUCUAUCAGCAGAGAAUUUCAAAAUUAGUUAUUAAAUUUCUUAGAUAAAGAUUAUACUAAAGGAAAAUUAUGAAACAUACUUUAUUUUUCUAAUAAACUUAUUUUAUUUUCUUUUUAAUAAAAUAAUUAUAAAAUCCAUUAAUAUUUCUCUUAAACAAAAAUGCAAUCUAAAAAACAUAAUGCUUAAAAUCUAUUAAAUAAUAAUAAUUUAUUUAAAUUUCGAAACUUCUAAUUGUAUGAUAUUAUGUUUAUCAUAUUAGAUAUAUAAAUUAUUUGGGUUUCUAAACUAAAAAAUAUUUAAGAAAAAUAGAUAAAUAAUCCUAAAAAAAAACAUUUUCAUAAAUUUAUAAAUCAAUUAUUGCAAAAAUACUUGUAUAAGGUUUUGGCACAUCAUUUAAAUCUUUAUAAAAAAAAGAUUGAAGGAUUAAAGUGA